CCACAACCAGUGCACCGUACCAUUCAACUCGGUUCGGUUCUUUUCUCGUGAUUGCAAAUCCGGAACCAAAAGUGCAGUGCUCUACCGGAAUUUAGCUUGUGACCCAUUGGGAUUACACGCAAAUCAUCGAGAACGAUGGCUUGCAAUUGUCCUGUGACGCAACCAGGGCCUACUCUUGCCUCGACUUGUGGUGGUGCCCAAUAUAUGCUUUUUAUGGGUCUAUUGGAGGUGUUUCUGAGAUCGCAGUGUGACCUUGAAGACCCUUGUGGCCGCCCCCAUAACACCCCUGUUCUCCCCGAGUACGAUUUUAUUAUUGUUGGGGGCGGUAGUUCGGGGGCGGUGGUGGCAAGUCGCCUCUCGGAAAUUCCCGAAUGGAAUGUUCUUUUGAUCGAAGCAGGCUUAGAUGAACCCACUGGUACUCAAGUACCGUCGAUGUUUUUGAAUUUUAUUGGUUCGGAAAUUGAUUGGGGGUACCAGACGGAACCCGAACCGGCAGCGUGUCUGGCAGAAACGGAGCAGAGGUGCUAUUGGCCAAGAGGGAAGGUACUGGGUGGUACUUCGGUGAUGAAUGGGAUGAUGUAUAUCCGAGGAUCGCGGAAGGAUUACGAUGAUUGGGCAAAGGCAGGGAAUGAGGGGUGGAGUUAUAACGAAGUACUGCCCUAUUUUCUCAAGAGUGAGGAUAAUAAGCAAGUGGAGAGUAUGGAUAGAGGGUACCAUGUGAGUGGGGGGUUGUUGACAGUGUCGCAGUUUCCCUAUCACCCCCCACUAUCACAGGCGUUGCUUAAGGCGGCGCAAGAGUUAGGGUACCCAAUCAGAGACUUGAAUGGGGCAUAUCAUACCGGGUUUAAUAUUGCACAAACAACCAAUAGAAAUGGGUCAAGGUUAAGUACGGCGAAAGCGUUUCUAAGACCGUUUAAAAAUCGAAGAAAUUUGAGUAUUUUGAUGAAUUCAACCGUGACUAGGAUUUUGAUUAAUACAACCACCAAACAGGCAUAUGGAGUAGAAGUUAUUAAUAAUGGAGUCAAACAAGUCAUUUACGCGAGUAAAGAGGUUAUAGUAUCCGGGGGUGCAAUCAACUCUCCUCAACUCCUACUUUUGAGUGGGAUAGGCCCCCGGGAGGACCUGCAACAGGUCAACGUGCCCGUUGUGCAUCAUCUCCCAGGUGUGGGCAAGAAUCUUCAAAACCAUGUCGCACAUUUCGUCAAUUUUAAUAUCAACGACACGAAUAGUGCCCCUCUGAACUGGGCCACAGCCAUGGAGUACCUCCUUUUUCGAGAUGGGUUAAUGAGUGGUACCGGUAUUUCCGAAGUGACUGGAUUCAUCAACACAAAAUAUAACGACCCAAGACUGGAACAUCCCGAUAUUCAAUUUUUCUUUGGAGGGUUUUUGGCAAAUUGUGCAAGGACUGGACAAGUAGGCGAGAGAGUGGAUAAUGGUACUCGUCAAAUUCAAAUGAUUCCGACAGUCUUGCACCCAAAAAGUCGCGGAGUAUUAAAAUUGAGAGAUAACAACCCUCUUAGCACCCCUCUGAUUUACGCCAAUUAUUUCACGCAUCCGAAUGACGUUAAGGUCAUAAUCGAAGGAAUCAAAUUUGCCAUGAAAUUAUCAGAAACAAAAGCAUUGAAAAGAUACGGCUUCCAACUCGACCGGACACCGGUCCAGGGCUGCGAAUCCCUUGCUUUUGGCACCGACCCAUACUGGGAAUGUGCUGUAAAACGCCAAACCGGUCCUGAGAACCAUCAAGCUGGCAGUUGCAAAAUGGGACCAUCUAGCGACCCCAUGGCCGUCGUUAAUCCAAUGCUCCAGGUCCAUGGUAUCGAUCGGUUAAGGGUUAUCGAUGCGAGUGUUAUGCCAGCGGUUACAACCGGAAACACCAAUGCCCCGUGUAUUAUGAUAGCAGAGAAAGGGAGCGAUUUGAUCAAAUCAAGAUGGCUGACACCACAAGCUGGGUUCUUUUAUACAAAUAUGCCCAACCAAAGGAUAGACAGGCAAUGGGGGUCCUGGUAGUGCAAUUGUAGAUUAACUGUAUUUAUUUCCUGUAGAUUUUCAAUAAAUUUUUAAACA